GGUACAUACCCUGGUCCAUGCAUGCCGGGAUUUCCCUGGCCUCAUGUGGUGCGCGCGAAUAAUGUCAGCACCAAUGUAUUCCCUACCUUGUUGCCUGCAGAUUAUCCAUGCAAAUGUUCCUUCAUUUCCGGUUUGAUCCUGUUCUUGAACAGCAAACUACCGAAACGGAAGAAGUCCUGACUCCGGAAGAAUACCCAAUUGUCCCGUGGAUUGAUGGGAACGCUGUGGUGGUAGAAAUUGUAUGAAACCGUAACACCGGUGCAGGUGUUCUG